AUGUCUUCGUUCGAGACACGGCUGUUUAUCAACAACGAGUUUGCAGAUGCAAAGUCUGGCGAAUAUUUGACAGUCUAUAAUCCAACCGAUGGCUCUCUUGUUUCAGAUAAAAUUCAUUCCGCGAACGAGCAAGAUGUCGACGCUGCUGUGCAGGCUGCACAGAGAGCAUUCAAAGGUACAUGGGGGAAAACUGAUCCCACUGCGCGGGCGAGAGCAAUGUUGAAAUUUGCGGAUUUGGUUCGCGAACACGCAGGCGAAAUUGCUCGUCUAGAGACGCUCGCCAUGGGAUCUGCUAUUGCGACCCAAACUAUGGGCUACACCACUUUAGCUGACCUCUUCGUUUACUAUGCGGGUCUAGCAGACAAGAUCCAUGGAGAGACGGCAUAUCCAACAUCAGCAGGCAAGUAUAAGAUCACACAGCGCGAGCCGAUUGGCGUCUGUGCCGGUAUUGGCGCAUGGAACGUGUCCGCCAUUCUCUUUGGGUGGAAAGCAGCGCCCGCGCUGGCUGCCGGAAACACGGUCGUCUUCAAGCCUUCCGAGAAAGCUCCACUUGGAACACUUGCUCUGGGCCCUCUGAUUCAGCAGUGCUUCCCACCCGGUUCCAUCAAUAUUGUCAACGGCGGUGGGAAGACAGGCCAGCUGCUCGCCUCGCAUAUGGAGAUUCACCAAAUCGCCUUCACGGGGAGCACGGCUACUGGACGUAAGAUCCAAGAAUACGCAGCGAGGAGUAACUUGAAACGCGUGUCCCUCGAAUUAGGUGGCAAGUCUCCAUCAGUCAUUUUCGAGGAUGCUGAUAUCGAACUUGCGGCUGCGAAGUCCAUGGAGGGUGCUAUUGCGAACUCUGGCCAGAUUUGUGCUAUGGCCUCACGCAUCUUCGUCCAAGAAAGUAUUGCCGAUAAAUUCAUUCAAGUCCUAAAAGGCUCUUUCGAACAGGUUAGCAAGAGCGGCAUAAUUGGUGAUCCUUCGGAUAAGAAUACUCAGGUUGGUCCACUCGCCGACAAAGCCCAGUUCAAGCGUGUAAUGGAGUAUCUCGACAUUGGGAAAAAGGAAGGCGAGCUUGUGACUGGUGGUGUCCAGUGGGGCGCAAAGGACGGUUUAUACGUCCAACCAACGAUAUUCAAGAAUCUCGGAAAAGACUCGAGAAUUGUGCGAGAGGAAGUCUUUGGGCCUGUUGUCACAGUGCAGACUUUUACUUCAGAAGAAGACGCCAUCAAGCUGGCGAACGACAGUAUAUUUGGACUUUCGGCCUGCGUCUAUACAAGAUCAAUCAGUCGCGCACUUCGAGUUACUAGGGAGAUCGAAGCGGGUACCAUUGCCGUUAACGACUGGUACUUUCCUUCGCCUGAUACGCCAUUCGGAGGUGUGAAGCAAUCAGGAUAUGGUAGAGAGGGAGGGCUGGAAGGCCUCAAUGAUUAUCUCCAAACAAAGACGAUCCAAAUCAACAUGAACGCCCCCUAG